UGGAAAUCUAUAAAGUUUAGUUUUACUGUACGGAAAACUGCCAAAUUCAAAAGUAUGCGCGAGUACAAUCGAUGGUGAGAUUUUAUGCUCAGAUAUACAGCGUGUACGUUGAAUAUGGGAAUGACCCUACUCGCUGUAAUACUCAUUGCAGUAUUGUUCGCAACUGCAAAUAAUAUCAACGAACAAUGCCAAGUUCAUAAUGAAAGGUGGAUUACGUGUAGCUGCAUCGGAAACGAGGAAUUUUUUCUACCAGAAGCAUACAAUUACAUGAACACUCUCAGUGUGUCGGUCACAGGAUGCGUUUCAGCGAACCUCCAUUACUCCAGUUUUCCGGAGGCGAGUAAUAUCGAGGAAGUAAUAGUUCAAAAUAUCAGUGGCAACUUGAAUUUUGACGUCUUCUUAUCGUCAAGUCAUAUGAAACUGUUGAAACUUUCGAACAUUGGUCGGAUACCGAUGAUAGCGAGCCACACAUUCACGAAUUUGAAAGCUAUUGAUACGCUUACGAUCGAGGAUGCGUUCAUCGAAACUCUUGAGGAAGAGUUUGCCUAUAUCAAUAUCUCGCAUUUCAUCAUGAGGAACGUUACGAUUGAGCGGGUAUACUGCCUAAACGUUUCCGAGAAGGGCACGAAGUUGCGCAUAGUGAACAGUAAGCUGCAUAAUGUCAUGGAAACCUUGAAUUUCGCCAAUUUCUUAAACAUCGAGAUCAUUGGCUCCAAGUUCGAAAUGCAGAAACCGGGGCUAAUGUCCAUCCAAGGCGAUGUCGCCAUCGUGAAAAACAACAUUUUUUCGAAUGUGAGCAUGAACUUGGUAACCACGACUGCCAUCGUGAUAAACGGCAUUUGCGCGGAUGGCAAGAGCACUCUAAGGCUCAGUUCGAGGAGCAUCGAUAGCACAGAUAACAGACUACCGAAUGAAAUAGCUUAUCCAGGAAACGAUCAGCGUGGAGAACCUCUCACGGAAUUUCUCACGAUUCGAAACAAUACGGUUUGCAAAGCAGGCAACUGCAAAUGUUCAAUAAGUAGCGGACAGGCUUCGUGUCUUAUCCACGUCUAUACAAUAUACGUUUUCUUGUUAACAGAGUUCAUAUUUAUACGCUAUCUUUGAUGCCUUCACUAUGUUGUAAUACCAACAUAUGAUCUUAUAAUCUGAGUCUGACUAUAUAAAACUGGUUCGUGAAAAGUCAAUCUCGAUUCAAUAUUGUGAUCAAAAUAUAAAAUAACUUUAAUAAUAUA